UCCUGAUUUCUACAUUCACUACCAUCAAUGUCAUUUACAGUGAUAUAAUCGAGUGACAACGGAUCUUGGGAAGUUCCAGUCGGGGAACGACUCUGGCAACUGGGAAGGAAGGUUACAGCCUUGUCUCACAAUGGACAUGCAGGAAACCCGGAUAGGUUUUCUACAGGAAUCUGCUCGCAUGCUAUUCCUCUCCAGCCCCUCCACAUCGAGAUAUUUGUCAGCCCAGAGGAAUGAGGUUGUCCUGUCUGGCACUGCGAGAAAACGAGUACGAAUCAAGGGUGCGUGUACAGCAUGCGGCAGCUUGCUCGUACCAGCAUGGACAAGUGACACGAAAGCCGUGACGGGCAAGGUCAAGCGUGGCACAGAUGGUACCUCGAAACCCGACGAGCUCCGAAACAGAGUUGUGUCUUCUCGAUGUUCCACAUGCAACAGAAUCACGAAAGACGUGGUGAAGGUUCAGCUAACGUCCAGAAAAUCACUCACCAAACCGUUUGCGCUUCAGGCGAAACAGGAAGAGGCCGUCCCUCAUGAAGAGUUGGUUGCGGAACAGCCUAGCAAAGUCACCAGUAAGCGAAGAGCCAAAGCUAGGAAAGACCGUGAAGGGCUGCAGGCUUUGCUCAGCAAAAGCGCGCAGAACAAGCCUUCUCGGGGCCUGAAUUUGAUGGAUUUGAUGAAGCGAUGAAGCUGGCAAAAGCGAAAUUCGAUAAGGCUACUCGUGCCCGGGGCCCAAAGUUAGGCGAUCACGGCGACCCUCCAAGGCUGAAGAUUUAGGUUGCAUUAGCUCUCCCGCCAUUCCCGAGCAGCAACUUGAACCCCGCAAUCAGGUUGACUUGGCAGACGCCGCCUUCAGGCCCUUUCUGCGUCAUUCUGCGCCUGCGGAAU